CAUAUAGGCUAUAAAUCUUUAUGAAGAGCCUUAGAGAAAAUGUUAUCCUGCAAAAAAAAUUCCACAAAAGUGUCAUCUACGUUGUAUAAAUGACCAAGAUUAAAACAUACUUCUGGAGUUCAUCCAUCACAGGCAUUAACCACUGGGCUGCAUUCUGUCAUGGAGAUAUUUCGGAAAAGGAAGGUUGAGCUUCACGUUCACCUGGAUGGAAGCUUCAAACCAGAGACAAUCCUACAUUUUGCAAAGAAGAGGCAGAUUAAGAUCCCAGCAGACACGGUGGAAGAACUCCUUAGGAUCAUAUCAUAUGAUGAACCUCUCAGCCUCACAGAAUUUCUGGCCAAAUUUAAUCAUUACAUGCCUGCCAUAGCUGGUGACAGAGAAGCCAUUAAGAGGGUGGCCUAUGAAUUUGUCGAAACAAAAGCCAAGGAAGGGGUGGCGUAUGUGGAGGUCAGAUACAGCCCUCACUUUUUAGCAAACUCCAAAGUGGACCCAAUCCCAUGGGGACAGAAAGAGGGGGACAUCACUCCGGAUGAUGUGGUUAAUCUUGUUAACCAAGGAUUACGGGAAGGAGAAAAAGCCUUCAACAUCAAAGCCAGGUCUAUUCUAUGCUGCAUGCGGCACAUGCCAAACUGGUCCUUAGAGGUGGUGGAACUCUGUAAGAAGUAUCGGAAUGACACGGUAGUAGCAAUCGAUCUGGCUGGUGAUGAAUCUCUGAACCUUGAAGCGGCUCCAGGGCACAGGAUGGCUUAUGAGGAAGCUGUAAGAUGUGGAAUUCACAGGACGGUCCAUGCAGGAGAAGUUGGGCCCCCAAGUGUUGUCAAGGAGGCUGUGGAGGUGCUAAAGGCAGAAAGGAUUGGACAUGGAUACCACACCAUAGAGGACCCGCACCUAUACAAGGAGCUACUGAAUAAGAAGAUGCAUUUUGAGACUUGUCCAUGGUCCAGCUACCUCACCGGCGCCUGUGACCCCGACUUUACCAAACAUCCUGUGAUACAAUUUAUGAAGGACAAAGCAAACUACUCCCUGAACACAGACGACCCCCUGAUCUUCAGAUCCACUUUGGAUGUGGAUUAUAAUAUUGCAAUUAAGCACAUGGGGUUCACCGAAGAUGAAUUUAAGCGAGUGAAUAUUAACGCGGCAAUGUCCAGCUUUCUACCGGAGAAGGAAAAGAAAGAACUUGUCUAUAAAUUAUAUGAAGCCUAUGACAUGGUGGUGACUACAGGUCUCUGAGCAGGAAGUACCGCAGGACACUGUGAAUUGUUGUCUUUCCUUACUGCCCUCCUCGUCGCUCCCAACAAGCCACAUUUUAAGGAUGGGACUAUCUGCAUGACAGGCCAUAAUGUAUGGGAUUAGGACAAAGAGCCUGAGAAGCAGCGCCACUCUUGUUUUCAGACUCUGUCUGGUAUUGCAACUUAGUCCUAUUCACUUAUACACUGCAAUACCAAACACAGCCAUGGACAGGGGUGGCACUAUUUCUAAAUGUAAAAAAACAACAACUUUUUUUCUAAUCCUUUACAACCUCUUUAAAAUACAGGGAUGUUGAUGAGAGAGUGUGAUGGGGGAGGGAUGGGAAAUGAUGGUGUCUGUCUGAGGACAUGGGACUUUUGGAGCGGAGCUAAUUUUUUCUAACUGCAAAAUUACUAUUUCAUUAUUACAGUAUAUAAAGCCUUAACUUCACUUCCCAACUAUAAUGCUGCAAAGGAAGGAGAGGUGUCUUAACCUCCAAACGUGACGCGUUUAAACGUUUGAGUGGAUUGAAUGAUACAGGAUUUUGCUGCUGCCAUCUGCUGGAGGGGAGGAGUUCUUACAAUUUGUAUCGGAAAAUGUAUACUAGGGACAUAUAAACCUAUAGGACCAGCAGUAUAUACAGAACAGGUUACGGGGCUUUGAGCUGAAUUCACACACACAGAAUUUUUGUACCUUUCCUAUUCAUUUGUAAUUUGGCUUACAAAAAUCCUGGUGAAUGUGAAAUUCCCCCUUCAAGCCAACCGCUCGCUGAUCACUUACCUCACAAACCUCAGUGCUCUUACCAGAGAGCGACCUCUAUCUGGAGAAAUAUGCAAAUGGGAACAUCAUUUCUGGAAUAAAUAUGCAUGACAAUACCUGCUAUAGCAAAAACUGGAUUGUGGAAUGUUUUGUGGUAAAUUUUGACAGACUUCUUGACAGUGGAACCAAUUUUAUAACGUACAAAGGGCAUUUCUUUUUCCUUAUAGCUCUUUCUAGUUCAGAGAUCAGAAGCGUUCGGCUGCUCCAUAAAGAAUAAAUGGAGCGGUGCCUGCGCAGCGCUAUGUGCUCUUCAUUCCAGGGAGAAAUAUAUCCCGUCCUCUGCAUCAGUCCUACUCUCACCGAUCAGCAUGUUAUCCCCUAUCCUAUGGAUAGGCCGGUAAUCUCGCACCCCAAAUAACACAUACCUGUCACCCAGCUUUCCCAGUCUCCUGUAAUGACUAUAUGCCAGGAGAAAGCUGGGUGACAGGCAGUACACAAUGCCCUAUG